AUGAAAACCGCGGUCGCGCUCGCUUUCCUCGCCACACUCGUUUCCCAGAUAUCCGUCGUACUCGGUGUUCCCGAAUGGUAUCAAUGUGACGGUAUCAACUAUACUGGAAGCAAAAGCAAGUCCUCGACACUUGUUAAAGUGUAA